UUAACUCGUAAAGGCGCAAUAUAAGAAAACGUAUUUAUAAUCGCAGUACGUUUUGAAAUUCACAUAGCUAAAAAUAUAUUCAUUAACACAAUAUGACAAUUUACAGGAUGAUAUCAGUUUCCAAGUUAAUUUUACAAUGUAAUCGUUCUUCUUCAAUUAUAUCUAGUAAAGUUCAAUGUCUCAAUAUUAACAGAUGUCUAACGAACGAACGAUUAAAACAUACAACUGCGUUCAAGAGUGAAAAAGAUAAAAUACGCACUUAUAUUGUACAAAGAUAUAUCAACUAUGUCAAAAAUUAUAAAAAACUUUUACAAGACCGAUUUCCAGCCGCAAUACACAUGUACAGGGUAUUUAGUAUAGGAAUUAAAGAUUUCUUAAGUGAUUUAAAAACAUACAUUUCUCUGAGACUGAAAAUAACAAAGGAUCGAGGAUUCUCCAAUAUGUCACGCCAAGAAAUAGAACUAUUUGUAAAGAUGCCUACAGACAUGUGGCGAAUAGCACCUGUUUUAAUACUGUCUGCUGUGCCAUUUGGAAAUUACAUAAUAUUUCCUCUUGCAUUAAUGAAACCAAAAAAGUUACUCAGCUCUCAUUUCUGGUCCAUACAACAAAGAGCAGAAUUUAACAUUGAAGAUUUAAAAGAAAGACUUCGUUACAAUCGACCAAUUCUCCGAUGUCUCCAGGCUAAAUUAGAGCUUGUACCUGAUAGUGAAGUUAAAGAAAAAUGGAGAAGAAUUUUAGCAUUAUUAGGAUCCGGAGUGCAUCCAUCAGUUAAUGAAGUAUUGGCAUGUAAAGAACUGUUUUGUAAAAAGCCAUACCACUUAUCAUGUUUGUCUUAUGCACAUAUGGGAUAUUUGCUUAAAAUGCUUGGCAUACGAAGAAGUUUGUUCAGAAGAAAAAAACUUAAAUACAGAGCAUUCCUGUUGUUUCAAAUGGACAAAGCAAUUGCAAGAGAAGGGGGUGUUGAUAUAUUAACUUCGGAAGCACUAAAAAAUGCAUGCCACAUACGAGGAUUGAACACAAGAAAUUUAAGCAAUCAGGACAUGAAAGAUUGGUUACAACAAUGGAUUUCUGUGUCUGCAAAUGUAGAUGCUAAUGCAUAUUCUUUACUAUUGCAUUGUCCUAUUUUCUUUGCAUACAAUCACCCCCAAAAUUGGGUAUUAAAAUAUUAGAUGUUUAUUUUGUUAUGAAAUGAUAAGUGUAAGAUAAUUUAAUUGUUUGUUUCAUGUAAUAAAAAGUAUCAAAUUGGGUAUGAGAAAAAAAAGCUUGCUUAAUAAUUGUAAUUUGGUGCCUAAUAGUAAACUGUGAUCCUGCAUAAAAAUAUUAAAUAUUUU